CAGCACGUGACAGAUCUUCGCUUCGUGGCUGCCAACAAAUCAACGAACGGGAGGAGACGUUUCGGAAGAGUUUGGCUCGUUGGAUACUUUACUUGCCGACGGAAAGACCAGCACAGCGAAGGUGUUGUUUGUCCAGCUAGCUUAGCUCGACAAAACACGUAACGAAAACAGUUUAUUUACCGCUGGAAACUAGAACGAAAAGCAACUCUCAACAAAGAGUGUGAACGAGUGUGGCGAAGAGGAUCGUGCGUGCGCGAGUUUUUGUGAAAAACCUACCCAUCCACCUGCAUAGCCAUGGGAAUAAAAUUCCUGGAAAUAAUUAAACCAUUCUGCGGCAUACUGCCCGAAAUUGCGAAACCCGAGCGAAAGAUCCAGUUCCGCGAGAAGGUACUAUGGACGGCCAUCACGCUGUUUAUUUUCCUCGUCUGCUGCCAGAUCCCGCUGUUCGGUAUUAUGAGCUCGGAUUCGGCCGAUCCCUUCUACUGGAUACGUGUCAUUCUCGCCUCGAACCGUGGUACGCUGAUGGAGCUGGGCAUUUCGCCGAUCGUAACGUCCGGCCUGAUCAUGCAGCUGCUGGCCGGUGCUAAAAUCAUCGAGGUCGGCGAUACGCCCAAGGACCGGGCCCUGUUCAACGGUGCCCAGAAGCUGUUCGGUAUGGUAAUUACCAUCGGGCAGGCAAUCGUGUACGUAAUGACGGGCAUGUACGGCGAUCCGGCCGAGAUUGGUGCGGGCGUGUGUUUGCUCAUUAUCAUUCAGCUGUUUGUGGCCGGUUUGAUUGUGCUGCUGCUGGACGAACUGCUGCAGAAGGGCUACGGGCUGGGCAGCGGUAUUUCACUCUUCAUUGCCACCAACAUCUGCGAAACGAUCGUAUGGAAGGCGUUCUCGCCUGCCACCGUCAAUACCGGCCGUGGAACCGAGUUCGAGGGUGCUGUCAUUGCGCUGUUCCAUCUGCUGGCCACACGCCAGGACAAAGUGCGAGCGCUCCGCGAAGCGUUCUACCGCCAGAACCUGCCCAACCUGAUGAACUUGCUCGCUACGGUGCUCGUGUUUGCGGUGGUCAUAUACUUCCAGGGCUUCCGCGUGGAUCUACCGAUCAAGUCGGCCCGGUACCGCGGCCAGUACAGCAGCUACCCGAUCAAGCUGUUCUACACGUCCAACAUUCCGAUCAUUCUGCAGUCGGCACUCGUGUCCAAUCUGUACGUCAUCUCGCAAAUGCUAGCCGUUAAGUUCCACGGCAACUUCCUAAUCAAUCUGCUCGGCGUGUGGGCCGACGUCGGUGGUGGCGGUCCUGCCCGCUCGUAUCCGAUCGGUGGGCUCUGUUACUACCUCUCACCACCGGAAUCGCUUGGACACAUCGUAGCGGAUCCGAUCCAUGCCGUCCUGUACAUCGUGUUCAUGCUCGGUUCCUGUGCAUUUUUCUCGAAGACGUGGAUCGACGUGUCGGGCAGCUCGGCCAAGGAUGUUGCUAAGCAGCUGAAGGAACAGCAGAUGGUGAUGCGAGGUCACCGUGAAAAUUCGAUGAUUCACGAACUGAACCGCUACAUCCCAACCGCAGCCGCAUUCGGUGGACUGUGCAUCGGUGCCCUGUCCGUGUUGGCCGAUUUCAUGGGAGCGAUCGGUUCCGGUACCGGUAUCCUUCUAGCCGUCACCAUCAUUUACCAGUACUUCGAAAUCUUCGUUAAGGAGCAGUCCGAGAUGGGUGGUAUGGGCACGUUACUAUUCUAGAUGAUUGUGCUUCCCAUCCCCACAUCCCCAUCUUCGUUCCUGUCCCACCAUCCGCUUCCCAUCCUUUAUCCGGAAGCUUGGAGAGGGAUAUUUCUCUCCAUUCUUUCGUGUUGUCCCCCAUUUCUUUUGGAAAAGAAUUUGUUUAGUUGGUUUUGUUCCCGAUUUUCGUUUUUUAAUGUACCAGACCCUGCCAAGUGAUUAGCGCCACUACAACCCCAAGAGUGGCUUCACAUCAUUUAAAAUAUCCCCCCCCCCCCCCCAUUCCUCCUUCCCUUGUUUUCCCUUAUCGGGACUAACAUUAAUUUAAGCUUAUAAUUCUCCUUUAGCGUUUAAGAGAGUCGUUAAACACUACUAUACGUGAGGAAAAUGAGAGAGCAGCGACUGAGAGGUGUAAUAAUUGAUAAAUGAAGAUAACGAAGAACGAAGAAGUACGCGCGUGAUUAGGAUGCGUGCGUGCGUGUAUGUGUGUAUGUGUGAGAAUAUAAUAUUUGUGAAUUCAUUUUUUUUUUUUCACUUUUGUCCUUUCCAUAGAGAAAGAUCAACAAAAUGCAACAAACGCAAGCGAAACGAAACAUACCUGAAGUUAAAUAAAUCUUUCAUCCACACAAUA